CAGUCUGAGCAUAUAAUUGACGUCUGACGUAUUCCUUAUAUGGCAAAGGCAACUUAACGUUCAAGAAGASGAAAAGAAAGGACUGUCAAUCAUUAAAGCGUCAUUUUUCAAGUCUAAAAAGUGGAUUCUUGCUUGUUUGCGGUCUCAAUCAGUCAUGUAAUUAUUACGUGGGCUAUCUCCAUAGUGUUUUGAAAAUAGACUUGCUCAUUAGUAUUCCAUCCAUCCAGCUCUGGCUUUGCACGAGAAACAUCCRGUCUUAGAUUAUUGAUACAAAAUACGACUUUUAGGAUUACUUAUUUCUUCGCAAAGCAUAUCCAUGUUAAAUUAUGCUCUUCAGUCAUACUUUGUACGUGCUCCAAAACAGCGCUWCGUAUGUUACUAGCUGUCAAGUUAGCGGCAUGCAUCCAUGACUACCAAUCCGUUGACUACAAAGUAAACUGCUAUUAAGAUUCAAAAACAACCUCUAUUCUCGUGGCUCAUUUUAACAUACGACAAACGUAAACACAUCCUCUCUUCACAGUUGCUUAAAUCGUACUUGUCAUUAGCAGUCCAGUCCAAAAAUGGCUUCGACCUUCAAUAGUGAUCAAUCCUAUCGUAAACUUCCACCAAUUCGAGUGAAAGAACCGCACGCAAAUGACUCAAAUGGGAAAGAUCAGUCACAUGUGGGGAAUACUUCGAGUUUUAGUCGAGAAACUCAUGGAUUAGUUCGGUUACCUCCGAUUAUUCGCGUGGAUGGUUCUGUGGCAUCGCCAGAACCGAGUGACACGGAAAAUCAUCAAGAAAAUCUUGACAAUUUUGCAUCGCCAAAAUCUUCAAGCAAGACAAUUAAUGAAAAGAAUGGUUUGUAUAUUUUAAAAAACAGCAGUGACAAUGAGCAUAUUCGACACAAAGACUGGAGCAGACGGAGUAAGUCUUUAAAAAGACAAGUAAUACUGGAUAAAACAAAAAAAAUUAACGAAUUCAUUAAAGAUUCCCAUCCGAAUGAAGAUGACAUUCAAAAAACUUCGAUUUUACAUCCAGAAAAAGAUAAGGAUUAUGGAUAUGGUAGACGAGGAUCUAAGCCGGUAUCGCUGCUUGGCACUACUCAUAGCGAAUACAAGAGACGAAGGGGAAGUCUUAUCACUUCAGAAACAGAAAAACCGCUUCAUAGAGGAAGACGGCUGGCAAAAUCUUCUCCUGACUUAUCUUCCUCCAGAAAACAAUACGGUUCGCCAACACGAAUGUCUGAUAAAAGCCGCUUAGAUUCCCAGCUAUUUCACGCCGAUAAUGACUUUUUUCGAGUAGCGACAAAUCAAGCGAAUCCGCGACAAUCCAGCAAAAUGAAAUUUGCUAAUAAAAACGUUACUCUCCAAAAGCAAAGUUCAAAGAGCAGAUGGGAAUUCCCGCCAGAGCCGCAAAGCAGCCCAUGCACACCAGUAAUACAACUGACAAACGAUGAGGAGAACUUGCGAGACCAGCAGCGCAAUUCACUUGGCGACAUUUAUGGAUUUUCUUCAAAUGAAAGAAAACCUGUUAUGAUUUCUCGCAAGAAAUUAGCAUCUACAGAAGAAAAUGCAAUGGAUGGUCUAGUCAUAAAGGGAAAAACAUGCCGUCAGAAUAAGAGACUAACGUCAAGGGACUCGUCUCCUCGACCGAAAGACAGCUUAUUGAAAAUCCCUCAAGCACAAACGAAAAGAGACUCGUUAUACGACCUGGAACAGAUUUUGUCGUUGUUAAACAUAGAGAGUAAAACAGACGCAAGGAAAAAAAGCUCUUCAUCAGUGUAUGAUCUCAAAGAAUUUCUUGAAAUGUCGUCGGAUACUAGACAAAGCACCGACGACGUAACGAAAAUCAGCGGCAAAGAACCAACUAAUUCAGAUUUUCUCUCUUCACUUCGAGUCGAAAAUUCAGACAAUAGAAGAGGUUCUACUUAUGAUCUCUUGGAAUUCCUCAGUUUAAAUGUUAAAAGUGGGGGAAAAGAGCAAAGAGGCAGUGAAAAUGUGACGCCGGGAAAUGCAUCACCUUCACAUUUUCUGUUUCCCGGCCCUGGUGAAAUGAUCGAACAAAAUGACAUAAGGAGAUCAUCUGCCUAUGAUUUAAUGGAAUUUUUGUCCCUGACUCGUCAAAACGAUGAGGUUAUGAUAAAUAACAAUCCUAAUCACUCGCAGCCGCUGGCGCCSAAGAYCUUAGAGAGUCCUAGCCAAGGUGACACUACGAGAAAAGAUUCGGUCUACGAUUUGGAGGAGUUUUUGAGUCUUUCUCGUAAACUUAAUGGAGCACUUUCUAAAGUGCAAGAUAAGGAGUCUAGUGUUCAAUCCACUCCUUUGUUAUCUCCACGACUCCCCUCAAACCCAUCAACGUUACGCAUCAAGCGAGAAUCGAUAUACGACCUACAAGAAUUCUUGGGGGUUCUUCAGAAAGAGUCUGAGCUAAAGCGCCAGCCUAGUACGUCUACAAUGAAUCAACAAAGAAAUGACACUCAAGAUCCUAAUCAAGCACCAGACAAUGAGACUGAAACAUUGAAACCCAAAGACGAAUAUCACAAAGGGCGGUCCCUUUCAAUCUACGACUUGCGUGAAUUUUUAUCCCUUUAUUCAUCACAGUCGAAUAUUGGAAACCACUUGCAGAGAAAGCCAUCCGAGAUAUCCCAGAGCUCCGUUAUGAUCAAUGUCACUGAAGACGAGCAUGGAAAUAGCAGUGUAGAUGACGUAUUUUUAGCAGUUCCUGUAGAGGGUGGUGCAGGGAGAAAGCGUAGUUCUAUAGCUUCUGUGGCAGAGCUAAACGAGCUUUUAAACAUUAUUAAUGAUACGAAUCGGAAAAAGAAUGCUAGUGAUGCGCCAGGGUCACUCACUCGACAUGAUUCAGGGGGUACCAAAUCAUUACUGGAUCUUGGUGAAUUUUUAUCGGUCCUUAAUUCGGAUGACUCGCCAUUGAGAAGAAGGCUAUCAAGCGUUUCUGACAGAGGUACACGAUCACCCUCAUCACUCUCAAGGAAUGAUUCCAGUGGAGGAAGCUCUUUAUACGACCUCGAAGAAUUUUUAGCGAUCAUUAACGACAAUGGUCAAGUUAAGAGCGUGGAAAAAGAUGGCAAGCAAGAAGAGCAAGGCAAUGAGAUAAGUAUACCAGUGCCUCAAUUACCUCCAAGAAAUGAUAGGAAAGAACAGAUAAGUCAUUUAUUGACUGAAGUUAACAGUCAAACAACUGUCAAUACUACUGAUGGGCAAAAGGCAUCUGUAGAGCAGUGCCUUUAAAUUUGCCAUAGGCUUCGUCUUUGUAGGGCUGCACACA